AUGUCCUCCACCUAUGAUAACCCUUCCUCGCCGCUCCCCGACGGGGUGAGCAAGCGCAAGCAGGGUUCCGCGGCCUGCGUUCAUUGUCACCGGCGCAAGGUUCGCUGUGACGCUCGAACAGUCGGAAUCCCUUGCACCAACUGUCGCACUUCUGGAAAGACCGACUGCCGCAUCCACGAAAAGAAAAAACGGCUUGCAGUGCGUUCGAUUCUCGAUCCCGUUCCGAUCCGAUCUCGGCCUCUGCCAACCUCUGAUCAUACUCCCAACCCUCCCACGCCCGCAGGCACGGCGCUACCUCCGAGCUUUCCAACGCCGUUCCAGAACAGCCAUGCAUCAACGCCCACUGCAAAUGGCCUUCCGCAAAAUCGGUUCCUGUCUAACGCGGGGCCCGAGACAUUCCCCCGCCAAGGCCCCGACAUGUCGCAUGCCCGCGAGGCACACACGGAUAUGGAGCAGCAGCUCGUGAAAAUUAUUGAUGAAGAGGAGUCUGGUCGAAGAGAGAUUCAAAGAGGCGUGCGCGCCUUUUACGUCGGUCAUGAACUUUCCAAUAUGUCUUUCUUGAUCCGCCAACAGCGGGACCAGGACGACGAUGUGUACCAUUUCGCGAGCAAUGAAAUCCCGCGCCGGCAAAUGAAAACAGGUCAUGAUCAGCUCCUGACGGAUGCUCUCACGCUCCCAGAACCGGCCCUGGCGGACCAGCUAGUCCAAGCCUACUUCGCCUACGUCAAUACCGGCUAUCCCAUCGUAGAUGAAGACUUGUUCAUGACGCAGUAUCGGAACCGAGAUCCUGCGGAUCCCCCACCGGUUCUCCUUCUCCAAGCCAUAUUGUUGGUCGGAGCUCAUGUUUCCCGCCCGAAAGCAGAGCGUGAUGCCUUGAAGGAAAUCUUCUUUCGCCGCACCAAGUACCUGUUCGACAAUCGCAUUGAGCGAAAUCGGGAUAUUCUGGUUCAGGUAGCAUUGCUAUUGACCUGGCAUUCUGAUAGCGCUGACGACGAUGUCGCUGCGGAUGCUCACUUUUGGGUUGGUGUCGCCGCGCGGAUUGCCAUGGGGCUUGGAAUGCAUCGCGACCCCGUCUCAAGCCGCUUCGUGACCCGUGACCGACGGAUGUGGAGACGAGUCUGGUUCAUUUUAGUGCAGUUUGAUGUGCUAGUGUCGUUGUCGUAUGGCCGACCUCAGGCUAUCAACCUUGACGACUCCGAUGUGUCUCCGCUGACACCGGCGGACUUUGAAAACUGCGGACCCCGAGUGCAAACCGAGUAUGUCAUUCAUUUUACAGAACUCUGCACGAUGAUCUCAUAUGUCAUUCGUGAUCGGUUCGGGCUUCGGACCACCGAAGAACGCCGGAAAGCGGUUCUCCAUGAAGCAGAUGGCUCCCUGGCCAAUUGGUCGCUAAAGCUUCCGGACAACCUGCGUCUUCGAGCGUCAGACAUGGAUCCAUGGUCCGCUACGCUCCACUUGACCUACAACAACUUCCUCAUCUUGUUGCAUCGGCCGCAUCCAAGAGCCUCGGCGUAUUCGGACGAUUAUGGUCCCCACGACGCGGAGAUUUGUAGCGCUGCUGCAGGAGUGAUCGCCUCGAUCUUCGAAGAGCUCCGACUGAAUGAUCGUCUGAAGUUCCUCUGGUACACGGGAGUGCACACCCUAUUUACGGCCAUGAUCCAAGUACGAGUGGAGCUGCGAUUCUCCAAUCCUGUUCUGGCGAUCAAUGCCCUGCGACGCUUCGAUUCGGCUUCUUAUUCGCUGCGCGAGCUGGCUGAAUAUUGGGUUCAUGCAGGGACGAUCCUGCGGCUCUUUGAGGACUCCAAGCGACUGCAAGAAGACCUCCGCAUGGCGACCAGCGAACGGCCCAAGCCUUACGGUGGUCAGCCUUCCGGCAAAAUACCCGUCACGUCUCCAGACGCCAUGCAGACUGCCCCCACACCUCAACCACUAUCCUUUGGGGUGCCCACUCCUGAAUCCACUCCGAUGCAGCAGACCACUCUAUCGCCACAGCCCAACACACAGUUCGACAACUGGAUCACCGCCCCUCUCCGACUCAAUGUCGGCCCCUUGGAGCGAAACGACCCUUAUUCGAGCAGCAUGCAGGUGGACCAAAUGGAGCCAGCGCGCGACCAACUAGAUUGGCGGCAACUCUUUUCAUUCACAGAUUCAGAUCUGCCUGUGCCCAUGGGUGUCGAGGGUCUUCCAGAGCUAGAGGACGAGUGGCGACAGAUCUACUGGCAGGAUCUGCCCAUGUCAGAUCUCAUUCCGGACGGGGGCUGGAUCCACGGCUAA